AUGGAGUUGAGCUCGAGAAGGAGGACAAUGGGGUGGCCUACGGCGGCUCUGGCUCUAACUGCUGCCGUGUUGUUAAUCAUGGUGCCGGAAGUUGCAUCGGUUCGGUACAUUGUGGGAUCUGGGUUGGGUGGAUGGGCUCCUAAUAUUAACUAUACUAUCUGGGCAAGAGACAAGCAUUUCUACAAUGGUGAUUGGCUUUUUUUUGUAUACGAUAGGAACCAGCAAAAUGUGCUCGAGGUAAACAAGACUGAUUAUGAGAAUUGCAACUCUGACCAUCCUCUUCACAACUGGACGACUGGAGCAGGGCGAGAUGUGGUUCCACUCAACGUGACCAGGACUUACUAUUUCAUCAGUGGAAAGGGUUUCUGCUACAGCGGCAUGAAAUUCGAAGUCCACGUCGAAAAAGCACCGCCUCCGCCAUCAGCCUCGCCAAAGAAGAGUGCUUCUUCAAGUCUACUAUCCUCCUUUAAAGGUCAGAUUAUGGUACCGACACUUUUCGCCGUUGCAGCAGUGUGGGAUGCCUUUCUUCUACACUUGUAG